AGCUUGUAUUUCAAGAGAAAAUGGUGUGACACCUCGUUCCCCGCUACUUACUCCGUUACGCCGUUACUCCGUUAAAUCUUUAUAUAGGAAACAGUUGUUCGCUGCGGUAUGAAUGUUUAAACUGUUGUGUGUCGGACCUUUAGCUGCCAGCUGGUUUACCUCAGAAAAUCGUCAACGAGUGAGAGAGAGAGACGAGAGAAAGAGCUACUGGCCGAGGCUGUGGAACUGAGGAAAUAACACCAUUUAAAUCGAGUAGGCUAAACUAACUCUCUCUCCGUGUCUCCUGAAAGGCAAAACAUACUUGCUCUUCUACACAGAACACCCCACCUCCUGCCACAACAAGCUCGGAUCGAAAAGAACCGAAUCAGAGCACGAAAUGUCCCCCACAUUUAACUGACGUCGCAGCCCAGAGCAGUAAUAACGCCGUUAACACGACAGAAGCACAGCAACAGAAGAGCAAGGAAAAGGAAACCGCUGACACUCCCAAAGCCGUACUUUAGUGCAGUUUCAGUAUUGCGGAGAGCCGGCUGUAUAACCGAAGCGUUUAAACUGCAGAGCAGACCUGUUGUGUGAUUGGCUGGAGUCGCCAAGUGGAGUCGCCACCUUCCGGCCCCUCCCACCGCUGGAGUCUCAGUAUUGAGAGUGAAAAUGUUCAGUGCAGUGCUGUAUUUCUUUCAGAUGUAGAGAUGGGCUUAAAUAUUUGUCUUUUUCUGUCAGGAGUUCUGUUCAUCUGUGACGGGCUCCAUGUGCUCGGUCCUUCUGAUCCUCUGAUUGUGGAGCUGGGGGGCUCAGUGAUGCUGCCCUGUUAUGUUGAAGCCCCCUUACCACUGGAAGAGCUGGAAGUGGAGUGGAAGGGAGCAGACUCUGGAACUUUAGUGCAUUUAUUCCAAGACGGAGAAAGUCGACCAGAGGCUCAGAACCAGGCCUACAGUGGAAGAGCCAGUUUCUUUACUGAGGAGGUCGAACGUGGAAACUUCUCUCUCCUCCUCACAAAUCUGACCACUAAAGAUGCAGGAAUUUACAACUGUUCUGUUUACAGUCAACAGGAAACUGGUCAAACAUCAGUUGAAAUAAAGGAGAUUGAGUAUUUGAUUGUGACUGGAGGUCAUGUCGUAUCUGCGUAUGUGGGUGAGGACAUCACUAUGAAUUGUUCUGUGGACUCCCAUAUCCCACCUGAAAAGCUUGAUGAGGUCUCAUGGAAGAAAGUGGAUCAGCAGAUACAAGUGUUGAUCUUCCUAAAUGGUGAGGUCCAGCCUGAAUCAACCCAUGAGAGAUACGCAGACAGAGUCGAGCUCUUCAGCCGUGAAGAAAUCCAGAAAGGAAAUUUCUCAUUUAGACUGAAGGAUCUCCGAACUGAGGACAAAGGCCAGUAUAUAUGUGAAGCAUUCUUUGGGGAGUUUGCUGAUAACACAACUGUGGAAGUACAGCAGCUGGGUUUUUCCAGUAUGCACACAGGGAUAUUGCUUCUUUGCAUUAUAGCAUUUGUAGUUCCAGUUGUGUUAGGCUACCCAGCAUAUGUUUCUUUAAAAAGAAAUGACAACAGCAAAAGAGCCUUAGCUGUGCAGUACACACUUGUCUGUUGUUCGAACAUUGCUCUGUGCCUUGCCUUUAUCCUUUGGGGGGUCAUUGAAGGGUUCCUCACUGAAGCAGCUACUUGCUCAGCGAUUAACCUGCUAAGGAUUCUCUUCCUGUUUUGGAUUGCUCCAUAUUUGGAUACAUUUAAAGCGAUUCUUCAAAGAUUUAUCAAACGAUCAGCAAUCACACUAGAAUAUGCUGUGAUAGCUGCUUUUGCUUAUUCAGGUUUUAUUGUGCGCUUAUGGCACAAUUAUCAGCAGACCAAAAAUAUUGUAAGGCUGGGGAUCAUCAUUGUUCUGCUGUCACUGCCGUUUCUGCUCUGCAUAAAUAUCUUUGUUCAAGGACUUACAAAAAUCUUCAAACAAGAACAAACAAAUUAUAUUUUAACAGAAUUAAUCAACGGUGCACGAGGGUGUUACGUUGUUCUCACAUAUGGUGUUAAUAUAUCUAAGUUGGUGCUGUUCAUUCUACCAUUUCUGGAGAUGAUUUUUGUCUAUUUCAGGUGUCAAUGCUUGUUCAACAGAGGAUCAAGGGUUUUAAUCCGGAUGUCAGUUCUGUUAAUCUUGGAGAUCGUGUGUGCAUCAUCAUCAGUCUACAUUCAUUAUGACUUACUGGAUACUUUGGAUUUUCGAAAAGAACGUGACGGACUGACCUGUUUGGCUGCAUAUCUCUACGUUUUGACUGGGAUGUUACUUUUUAAAGUUGUGAUUGAUGACUAUGGACUCUUCAGCAGAAGACCGCAUUCAAACAGAACACGUCAAGUAGUGGAAUCUUCUACAGUCACAGGGACUCAGCGAACAUCAGGUCAUGCCAUUGUUUACAUGCUGGGGGCAGUGGGUCUCAGUUGUGUGAAUUCUGUUGCGCUGGCAGUAGAACUGAUCCUGAAAGCACGAAACGGUGAGCGUACAGUGAACGACCUGCGAGUCAUUCUUGUACCCUUUGAAUGUAUCUUUCCUAUUGGCUGUCUUGUGCUACAGAUAUCUGCAUUUUGUAAGUAUAACCUACAAACACGACACAGGCUGUGAUCUCACAUCCAGCACAAAGCUUAACUUGGCAGUUACUUUGUUCAAGAACUUUGUUCUUGAAUUCCAAAAUUGCCUGUAUGCCUUGACGCGCUUCACGUCCAGGCUGGUUUUGAAAUGUUUUUCCGCCUGUAGUUUAGACAGACGUUGUGCAAGGGUUGUGUUUUGCAGGUUGUUGUACCUCCUUGUUACCAGAUUUGAAGGUUGAGCCACAAGCACAUGAUUUCCAACAGUUAGCUCCAAGGAAUCAUGCAUAUGAAC